UAGAUAAAGAUUGCUUUCAUUGUUUUGGUAGUACUGACCUGCAUUCUCUGAUGGCUUAAUGCUAGAUGCGUAAGAACAUUAAACCAGAAACCUUCUCACCUGACUUUUCAGUUGUGCAUCUGCAAUAAAAAUGCCUUGGUGGAAUGGGGCUAUCCUAAAAAGUUGAACAGGACUAUCUUGAGAAGUUCACCACAUUGAUAGACUUCCAACCUAAUUUUCUAUCUACGGGAAGCACACAUGUUAAUCUUACACUCAUAAACUUUGAAGUGUGUGGGAUCUAUUUGUUUUUAUUUCAUCACUAUGUAUGAGUUUUAAACCCAUACUUUGAUGAUGUCUUGUCUGACUACCACCAUCCAAUUUUAGAUACAGUGCCAAAUGUUGAUUUCUAGAAAAUCAUGGUAAUACCAAAACCUUUAUUUUACUUUAAAUGUAUAGAUGAUGAGAAGAUUUAUUUUACAUUAGGAAAACUCAGCCUUAAUUGCUCUUAACAUGAUAUAUGUACCUUCACAUUUUUCAUUUAUUUUGGGGACACAUCUUCAUAUCUGUAGCUCCAUGGAUGUUUUCCUUUAUUCUCUACUUUCUCCAUCUGUUUGAACUACUGAAUUUAAGGUCAAAAUCCUUAAAUAAUCUAUUAUGUGACAUAACAAUUAGUUCAUUAAUGCUAAUACAAAUUAAUAUGUUAGAAAUGGAAAAAAAAGGAAGCCCAAUACACGAGGCUCCUGCCAAUGAAGGGUUUGGAGAGGGUCAAUGCACGUAACAUGCAAGCAAAGAGGCUGCUUUAUGAUUCGGGUACUUGCUUAGUACCCCAAGGACCCUAUCAAUGUCCAUACCAGCUGAUCUUGCUGGUGCUAUAACUUUGAUCGAUAGGUUUCAGAUAGAGGGGUUUUUGAAAUCAAUGCAAAAGCAGAUGCAGUCUGCCGGAAAACGUGGAUUUUUCUCUAAAAAAUCUGUUGGCCCUCAAGUUCGUGAAAAGUAUACAUUGGAAGAUAUGCUGUGCUUUCAAAAGGAUCCAAUCCCAACUUCUCUGCUUAAAAUAGACAAUGACUUAGUAAGCCGUUCCAUAAAGUUGUUCCUGUUGAUUUUGAAGUACAUGGGGAUUGAUUCUUCAGAUAAAAUAACUCCAUUGAGUGUUGAAGAGUGUACAGAGCUUGUUGCAAAAAUUUAUAAGCACUGUUUAAAGCGUUCUGAACUUCGAGAUGAGCUUUUUGUUCAAAUCUCAAAGCAAACUCGCAAUAAUCCUGAUAGAGAUUCUCUAAUAAAAUCUUGGGAACUCAUGUAUCUAUGUGCUUCUGCCAUGCCUCCAAGCAAGGAUAUUGGAGCAUAUUUAUCAGAAUAUAUUCAUUAUGUAGCUCAUGGGAUGAACAAUGAACCUGAAGUUCAUGUCCUUGCUUUAAAUACAUUGAAUGCAUUGAAGCAUUCAGUAAAAGCAGGACCGAGACUUACAAUACCUACACAUGAGGAGAUUGAAGCUCUGUUAACUGGCAAGAAGCUUACAACAAUAGUGUUUUUCCUAGACGAAACUUUUGAAGAAAUUAUUUAUGACAUGGCAACAACUGUUGCUGAUGCUGUGGAGGAAAUUGCAGGAAUCAUCAAACUCUCAGUUUAUUCGAGUUUCAGUCUAUUUGAGUGCCGAAAAGUUGUCAAUGGUUCAAAGUGUGCUGAUUCUGGCAAUGAGGAAUAUUUAGCCUUAGAUGAUAACAAGUAUGUUAGUGAUUUGCUGGCUGAAUUCAAGGCAGCUAAGGAUCGUACUAAAGGAGAGAUUUCACACUGCAAACUUAUAUUCAAAAAACGAUUAUUUCGGGAAUCAGACGAAACUGUAGCUGAUCCAAUGUUUGUUCAGCUGUCUUAUAUACAGUUACAACAUGAUUAUAUGCUAGGAAACUAUCCUGUUGGGAGGGAUGAUGCUGCACAAUUAUCUGCUUUACAGAUUUUGGUUGAGGUUGGGAGCAUGCAACAUCCGGGAUCAUGUGUUGAAUGGUUUUCACUUCUUGAAAGGUUUCUGCCUAGACAAAUUGCUAUUACACGUGCAAAGGGAGACUGGGAGCUUGAUAUUAUUUCCCGCUAUCGGUUAAUGGAGCAUAUGUCAAAGGAUGAUGCUAAACAUCAGUUCCUUAGAAUUCUAAGGACUCUUCCUUAUGGAAAUUCUGUCUUUUUUAGUGUGCGGAAGAUAGAUGAUCCUAUUGGUCUUUUACCUGGACGGAUUGUUUUAGGAAUCAAUAAGCGUGGGGUUCAUUUUUUCCGCCCAGUUCCAAAAGAGUAUUUGCACUCUGCAGAACUAAGAGAUAUUAUGCAAUUUGGUAGUAGCAAUACUGCUGUUUUUUUCAAGAUGAGGGUCGCUGGCAUCCUUCACAUUUUUCAGUUCGAAACUAAGCAGGGUGAGGAAAUAUGUGUUGCUCUUCAGACACAUAUAAAUGAUGUGAUGCUUCGUCGAUAUGCAAAAGCUCGCUCUGCUACCAGUGGAGUUAAUCAUGGUGAUUUUUCUCAAGCAAUAAGAACUCCAAGCUUAGAUAUAUAUGAAAAACGUUUACAAGACCUGUCUGGAGCUGUUGAAGAAUCUAAAAAGUAUACAGAUCAUUUGUUGGAAGAAUUGUGUAUGAGGGAGAAACAAGAGCUGGAGAUGCAGGAGGAACUGGAAAGGCUGAAAGAAUCAUUGAGGUCAGAGAGGCAAUGUCUAAGAGAUGUUACUUAUGACUGUGACAAUCUUAAAGCACUUUGUGAUGAAAAAGAUUCUUCUUUGCAGGCUGCAUUGCUGGAUAAAAGUAUUCUGGAGUCUGCAUUAGCAAGAGUGAGCAUCCAAGAACAUAUUAUGGAUGAGACCAAUCAUGAGAUGGAACCUGUAAAUGUAUCUAAUAAACAAAGGAAAAAUACAUUAACAGUGGGGAGUAUGAAGACUGAUCAUGUUGACACCGAAACAUUAAGAACACAGGAGGAUCUGAAUGCAUGUAUGAAGGAGUUACAUGCGUCAGAAGAAAGUUAUAAAAUUAUGCUGAACGAGAAAUCUGUGCUUGAACAAAAGGUCCAAAUGCAUGAGACGAAGAAAAACGAUGAGAAGAGUGCACUGGAAAAGAACUUCAAAGAGGAACGAAGAAAGCUCAAGGCACAUGUUAAAGAACUGGAGCAAAAAUUGGAGCGUGUUACACAGGACUUUGAUGUUGCUCACGUUACUCUUACAAUGAGAAACAGAGAACUAGAUGAUUUACAGAAUAAUUCAAAAGAGUUGGAGGAAUUACGUGAAUGGAAGGCGGAUAUUGAUAGAAAGAACGAACAAACUGCUGCUAUUUUAAAGAAACAGGGGGCGCAACUCAUUGAGCUAGAGGCACUUUAUAAGGAAGAGCAAAUUUUACGGAAGAGAUACUAUAAUAUGAUUGAAGAUAUGAAAGGCAAAAUAAGAGUGUUUUGUCGUUUGCGUCCUCUAAAUGAGAAGGAGAUUGCUGAAGGACAAAAGCAAAUAAUUGUCAGUCCUGAUGAAUUUACAAUUGCACAUCCGUGGAAGGAUGAAAAAUCAAAGCAACAUAUUUAUGAUUGUGUGUUUGAUCAAAGUGCUUCACAGGAUGAAGUUUUUGAGGAUACCAAGUAUCUGGUACAAUCUGCAGUUGAUGGUUAUAAUGUUUGCAUAUUUGCAUAUGGGCAAACUGGUUCUGGAAAGACUUUUACAAUCUAUGGUUCAGAAAGUAAUCCAGGGCUUACUCCAAGGGCAACUGCUGAACUUUUUAGAGUUAUAAAGCAUGAUAGCAGCAAGUAUUCCUUUUCCUUGAAGGCAUAUAUGGUGGAACUGUAUCAGGACACUCUCGUGGAUCUCUUACUACCAAAAAAUGCCAAACGCCUAAAGUUGGAAAUAAAAAAGGACACAAAGGGCUUGGUCUCGAUUGAAAAUGCAACAAUUAUGCAGAUCUCUAACUUUGAUGAACUAAGGGCUAUUAUCUCUAGAGGGUCUGAGCAACGACAUACUGCUGGGACUCACAUGAAUGAUGAAAGUUCAAGAUCACAUUUAAUACUAUCAAUAAUCAUUGAAAGCACCAACCUUCAGACUCAAUCUCUUGCUAGAGGAAAGAUUAGCUUUGUAGACCUUGCUGGUUCUGAAAGGGUUAAGAAGUCUGGCUCCUUGGGGAACCAGCUGAAAGAAGCUCAAAGUAUCAAUAAGUCCCUCUCGGCUCUAGCGGAUGUGAUUGGUGCAUUAUGUUCUGAUGGACAACAUAUACCAUAUAGGAACCAUAAAUUGACAAUGCUCAUGAGUGACUCUCUUGGUGGCAAUGCAAAGACUCUAAUGUUUGUGAAUGUGUCUCCAGCAGAAUCAAACUUGGAAGAAACAUAUAAUUCCCUGAUGUAUGCAUCAAGAGUACGAUCAAUUAUAAACGAGCCAAGCAAGAAUGUUUCUUCCAAAGAGAUUGCACGAUUAAAGAAGUUGGUAGCUUACUGGAAAGAUCAAGCAGGAAAACGAGGCGACGAUGAAGAACUAGGAGAGAUCCAAGAAGAGCGGCAUGCAAAAGACCGACCAGAUGGCCGACUCGAGAUGUAGCAUUGACAAAAAUGGAGGAGAUUCGAGAUCGCUGCACUUAUUUUGAUGUGAAAUCAUGGCUUGCAAAUUGUGGCUCAACUGUGCCAGCAGCACAUGUACAAUGGUUUUCUGCAGUAAGUUGAUGUACAGUGUAUUUUUGGACCUCAAUCUAUAAGAAAAAGCUCUUCAAGA